AAAGUUGCAUCUCCUUUCAUGAAUAUUCAUAUCAAGUGGGCGUCGACACAGAUGACCGCCGGCCUUAAAUAGACACAGCAUCUGUACCUCCAGCAACCACUGAAACUCUGAGGAUAAACCGUUAACAAGGACUUAUCAUCCGAUCGGAUUCUUCAACGUUUUACAAACGUAACUGCAAACAAAAUGGAGACUAUGCAUGAGCUCAUCCCUUUUGCUAAGGAAAUGCUGAGCGCCGGUCCCUCCAAGGGCUCCCUGAAGGUCUAUCUCGUGGGCGGCACGUUUGCCGUCCUGGGAAUGAUGAGCGGUGUGGUCCAGAUGGCCUCUUCCUUCUUCCCUGAUCACGAGGAGCCUGACUUUGACACGCUGAAGGUGCGGGAGCUCGUACCAGUGAAGGAGCAGGUCCAGGAGCCACAAACCACCAUCCCCGAGGAUGACGAGAUGGAUGAGGUGAUGGAGGCCAAGGCAAAGGAACUGCCAGCGAACAGACAGAGGCGGAUGAGUUUCAGAGCUCACGCUUCAUAAGGCCCGUGCCCUGCUGCUGUCAAUGCCUACGUGAAGAAAGUUGAGCCAAAAUGAAGUUCUGCUUGUGCACUGACUCCGUGAGGAACACGUUAUGACGAACUGUACGGACACAGCUAUUGUACCGAGAGCUGCAGAGCAGCAGGGAGAGGGAAAUAAUGACUUGAUAGUUUACGACUGUUACGUAUGUCUGUUUCGAUGGUGUAAUGAUUUUUUAUCAGAUGAUAACUAUUUAUAAAGGAUGUAUAAAAGUCAUGUGUAGAGUGUGCUGUCUUUUACUGCCAGAAAAUAAAUACAUAUUUGCUCAA